CCAAGAAAAAAAACCUCACUUCCGGCUCUGCGCGGUCACAGCCCGAGCUGGCCGUACGGCUAGACAGUCACCAUGAAGUUCAACCCCUUCGUGACCUCGGACCGCAGCAAAAACCGCAAACGCCACUUCAAUGCCCCCUCGCACGUGCGCAGGAAGAUCAUGUCUUCCCCGCUCUCCAAGGAGCUGCGGCAGAAGUACAACGUCCGCUCCAUGCCCAUCCGCAAGGACGACGAGGUCCAGGUGGUUCGAGGACAUUACAAAGGUCAGCAAAUCGGCAAGGUAGUCCAGGUGUACAGAAAGAAGUAUGUCAUCUACAUUGAGCGGGUGCAGCGUGAGAAGGCUAAUGGCACAACCGUCCACGUGGGCAUCCAUCCAAGCAAGGUAGUUAUCACCAGGCUAAAAUUGGACAAAGAUAGAAAAAAAAUUCUUGAACGCAAAGCCAAGUCUCGGCAAGUUGGAAAAGAGAAAGGCAAAUACAAAGAAGAGCUCAUUGAGAAGAUGCAGGAGUGAAGGUGGCCUGUCAUACAACCACAGUUGAACUGGAAAUGUCUGGCAUGUGCUUCUCUGGAACUUUUUGGGGUCUCUGGAAUGUUCCAUUGCCCUCCUAUUUUGUUAUGAAUCUAUGGCUCUGUAAAUCUGCUUUGCAAUUUUGAUUAAUAAUUUUUUGAAUAAAAAUUGGAACUGUUUCCUAAACUCAA